UCUUUUUACCUUUCUUCUUCUUCUCAUAUUAUUAGUAUUGCUGCCUCCAACUUGCCUCAAUGUAUAAAUUCCCCAUUACCUCUCAUUCUUCCUCCCAUACUCUCUCUCUCUCUCUCUCUCUGGACAUCAUGAAGGAAGCAGAUAUAGAUCGGCCAGCCUUAUUGACACCGAGCAAGGAUUCACAUGUGAUGUCGAAGCUGAAACCCAAGAUCAGAAUAGUGCACCUGUUCACGCCGGAGAUCAUAAAGACCGACGCCGAGAACUUCCGCGAGCUCGUGCAACAACUCACCGGCAAACCCACGAAGGCAAUAGCCAGCAAGAAGAAGAAGAAGAAGGCGAAGGCGUCGCCGCCGACGACUAUCGAUGAAGCAGACCGGAGAUCCGUGCGCGGUGGCCACAGGGACUUGAUGCAUGAGAGAUUGAAGGAGGAGACAAGUAUCGAGCUGUCGGAGGACGACAUCGCCGGCUUCUUUAGCGAGCUGGGAGCUGCAGAACGUUUCUUUGGGGACCCGAUCGGUGACUCCCCGUUGCUGCCUGUGGGUGCUUCUUUCGCGUGACGGAGUGUAGUCUGUGGUAAAUGAAUGCCUGCUUCCAAUGAAGACUGAAAGCCUUUGUUUAGAGGAUCGGAUUUGCAGAUUAAUUGGAGUUAUAAUGGUCUCUUCUUGUUAUUUCUUGGGUCGAUCAUAAAGGUGGAGCACAUCCUCUUUUCCUAAUCUAUUUUCCCCACCUUUGUUUACUGUGAAUAAAAAGAUUUCAUUCA